UGACAGAAUACGGAAGCCUUAAGUGUUCAAUUAGUGUAUGCGUUUAGUAUUGCGAGAAGUAGCGUGUCUAUGGCAGGCUCGGAGGACAGUGGGGAAGUGCUGUUCAGACGUGGAGCCGGCCAGAGUGAUGACUCUGAUAUCUGGGACGAUACAGCUCUCAUUAAAGCAUAUGAUAAAGCAGUGUCUUCUUUUAAGUGGAGAGUAGGCGACACGUGUAAUGCCAUUUGGUCGGAAGAUGGAAAUAUUUACCCAGCAACCAUCUCUUCAAUUGAUGCUAAAAAAGGGACAUGUAUAGUUGUAUACAGCGGAUAUGGGAACAGUGAGGAACAAAGUUUGGCUGACCUGCGCUUUCCAGAUACUUCUGAAGCAGAAAGUGACCAGAGGGAGCAAGGGCAGGAGCUAAAUGGAGAUGAGCAUUCAACAGAUGAAAGUGAUAGAUCCUCAAGAUCGCCUCAAUGCAAAGAUUCUCAAAACCGGGAGAUACCAAAGUCCUCGCAGUGGAAUGGCCAGUUCCCUCCUGUUCCUCCUCCAUUUAUGCCUGGGUUUGGAAGGCACGGUGAGAAGUUGGAUCAAGCACAUCCUUUCCUCUCUGGCUGGCCCCCACCAUUUCUACCUGGACCACCUAUGAUUCCUCCACCUCCUCCAAUGAGCCCUGAUGCUUGUGAAGAUGAUGAGGCAUUGGGCAGUAUGCUGAUCGCUUGGUACAUGAGUGGAUAUCACACUGGCUACUAUCUGGGGCUAAAGCAAGGGCGAAUGGAAUCUUCCUUUGGAAAAUCUCCUCACCAGAAGUAAUAGGAAACGUCCAACAGCCGGUGUCGGGUGUUUACAUAGAAGCUCCAUGUUUCUGCGCUAUGAAGAAACCACUUCUGGACAUAUGAAACCAUUCUGAAAGUAACUGUCACCAUCUAGCUUUGUGUUAUAUCCAAUGAUUUAGAUUGCUUCCAAAAAUGAAUGUGUGAUAUUAGGCAAUAUUGUUACUUUAGCAAAAAAAAAAAAAAGCAUCCAGUUUAUAUGCCUGUUUCAAGGUGCUGAAAAUGAAUACCCGCAUCAUGUUAAGUAUUAACUAAUCAUUUCCUAGCGAAGAGCACAGAAUAUGGCUUCAGAUUCUGAUCUGGUGAUUUGUAUCUGAAAUUCAGUGGUUUUAUAAUGUAUUGUAUUCAGUACACAGGGAAACAGGCACUUAAGAGUUAAUUUGUUAUGAAAUGUUUAUCACUGAAUUUACUAGUGAAUAUCACUAGUUUCUUCUCUUCCCUUGUGCCAGUUUGGAAGCAGGAUUACUGUUUAUGUAGGCACAGUAUUCAACAACAAAAGGGUAAACAAUGUGGCAGAACUAUACAGAUCCUUAAUAACGGCUUGUCAGUUACUUUGGUUAUUCUAAAAAAAAAAAAUAGUUUCCCUUGGUUGGUUUAUAUAACCAGCCCCAGCAAUUAGCAGCAGGCCUUUUGUGUUAUUUUUCUAUUCUAAUAGCUUAUGUGAGAUUGAAAGGAGCCUCUUUUCUGUUUCCAACACAAGUAAAAUUUCUGUUUAUUUUGAUAAAUAUACAGCUUUUUUUGUAAGUUAAACAAUAAAGUAAUUUUAGGUGAA